CCGAUCUUUUUUUUUUACCCGAUUUUUUUUCUUCCCCAAAUUUGUUUGUUCUGCUAUUUUUUUCCUCCAAAAAUAAAUAGUCUCUGAGAUCAACGUAAAUCCGGUUUAAAAUUAGUGAGGUGCCGUCUUCUCAUGACUUGUUUAUGAUGAUCUGCAAACUGUGCGUCGCAAAACCGCCCAAUUUAGGAAUCGCGCGCUAGCUCGACAGAAUGGGAAAAUACGUAUCUUCCAAUUAUGUGGCUAGAUGGCGCGCGCGCGAGAUAUAAUAAGCUUUUGUCUUUAGGCUGUACAUGUGCAUAAUAUCCAUGCAAUUGUUGCAGCUUUAUGAUCAGAUAAACAUGCGGUGAACGUCCUGAGCCGAAAUUCUUGCAAGUUUUUGGCCAUGCCUAGACUGAAAAGUAAAUAUGAAUAACGAUGACCACGCACAGAAAAUUUCUAGACAGAAAUGAAGAGUCGAAGGUGAAAGAGGUUGACGCGUCAUGCCGUGAAAAAUGGAGUUGGAAAUGGGUUGAAAAGUCUGUCGAUGGGACGCUAGUUAGUGAAUGCAUACGUAAAAUCGCGGAACCCGGAAAAGUUUACUGCAUGUGGUGCGAUUGUGAAAUACAGUACGGGAAAGGUGGAUGGAGAGUACUCCGGCAGCACAUGCAGAAGAAAAAGCACAGAGAAAACGCAGAGCUGAGAAAAACCAACUACAGAAUUUCAGCUGAAGCUGCCCCUUCUACGUCCACCGACACUUCAACGUAUGGCAUGCACCCGUUUUUCAAGCCCAAAGCACAGCCUAGUGCAGCUCCAAUACAAGCCAAGGUACCACUGGUGGAUAGAAAGGCUAACCAGGAAGCCAUGUUAUUAGCGUUCAUGGCUGAGAAGUCACUGCCCUUCACUAUGGCACCUGAUCUUAUUGACUUAUCAAAGGCCUUGUCAAGUGAUCAAAAAGUACUGAAUGAACUUUCUAUGGAUAGGAACACAGCAUCUUAUAAGAUGCGCUUUGGUUUAGCUAAGACUAUGGAAGAUGAGCUUAUAGCUGACUUGCAGAAAAAUAAGUUUUCUAUGAACAUAGAUGAGGCAACCUCCGAUAAUAACAAAAAAGUGUUAUCUGUACUCGUAAGUUAUUUUUCCGACAAGGCAGGGAAGGUAGUAAUCAGACAUUUAGCUUCGAUGAGCCUAACAGUAGUGAAUAGUGAAAAUCUGCGGAACAAAAUGGACAACUUAUUGAAAAGGAACAAUAUUCCAUGGACUAAUUGUGUAUCCAUCUUGAUGGACUCAUGCAAUGUCAUGCGUGGCUGCAAAAGCGGCCUAGAAACUCGCUUACGUGGAAAGCAGGCACCUCACCUUGUGGAUGUUGAUGGCGACACGUGUCACCAUGUGCAUAAUGCAGCCAAACGGUUCUCUAAGGAGUUUGACAAUUACCUUGAAUGUAUGUUUAGUUCCAUAUACACUGAUUUCAAGUGGUCCCCAGACUUGCGUGACUAUUUGGAGGAAUUAUGCAUCAUCCUGGGUAUAAAAUUCACAGUGCCGGAACGGUAUGUCCCAACAAGAUGGUUGAGUGUUUAUGGUGUAGGUGUUGAUACACUGAGACUGUUUGACGUAUUUACUCUAUUUUAUUAUUCGUUCUUGCCAGCCAGUGAUCGUACACACUUUUUACAUCUAUGUGUGGAGAUCUACAUAAGGAAAGGAUUAGGAAGCAAGACACGAGAUGCUGUGAGGGACAUUCAGAGCAAGUUGCGAGUAAAGAACAUGACCAAAGAUGGGGAGAACAGAAAGGACCGUAUAACGACAAAAUUGUUUGUUACCCGUACUUAUACAAAGCUGUUACUCCACUUCUAUGCCAGCGUGUUACCACUUUUGAAGAACUUUGUGCUUUGUUUCCAGAAGAAAGAGACCCAGAUACAUAAACUGCAUGACAAAAUAGUAGACCUGACCAAAACAUUCCUGGCAUGUUACAUCAAGCCAGAAGUGUUACAGCAAAGCGACAAGAAAUUGAAAACAAUGGACGUCACAGAAAAAUCAUCGUUGCUAAUGCUUGAUGACAUAUUUAUAGGGCCAAAAGCUGAAGCUAUUCUAGCAAAAGAGAAGAAGAGGGAAGUGAGACAGGACUUCCUUACAAGGGCCCUAAAUGCCUACACUGCCACAGCAAAGUGCUUGCAAGACAAAUUACCCCUGGCAAACAAAUUUCUUAUGCAUGUGUCUGCUUUGGACCCCUUAGUUCGGGGUCAUACACAAGCACAGAGGUACAUGAAAGCACUUCCCAGUCUCCUGACCAAUGUCCUAAAGGAAGAUGAGCUAGAGAAGUACAUGUUAGAGGUUCAGCACUACAACAUGGCGAAGCUCCCAAAUCCUACUCCUGAAACUAAAAUAGAUGAAUGGUGGGUUGAAAGAGCUUGUCGAUAUCCAACUAUUUGGGUAGUAGUGAAAGCAGUAGUAAGCUGUUUUCACGGACCAUCUGUUGAGAGUUCCUUUAGCAUAAUGGGUAAUGUAAUAACCUCUCAGACUGCCAGCAUCGGUAUCAAGACAUUUGCCUCCAUACAAACUGUCAAGUACACACUGCAAGCUUCACAAAAAUCAGCUGUGCAACAGUUCAAAAGAAAAGACUUACUUCAUGACCCUGUAUCACCUGCCCUCGUAAAAAACAUGAAAACGGCAUAUAAGAGAUAUGCUACUGAACUUGAAGACUUGAAGACAGAAAAGGAAGCUAAAAGAGCAAAGCUGAACUUAAAGAAAAGUAAAGUAGUUGCAAAGAGAAAAGCGAAGGAACUUAAUUUGUUGGCUGCACAAAAAGCAAGAAAUGCACAUAGGGAAGCGAUGAGGAGGAAGCACAAAAAAGCCACCAAGAAGCAGCAACCACAAAAAAAAGCAAAGCACUAAGUACCAAGUAGUCAAGCAAGUGACAGGUAGGUCACUGAUUAGUACAUCAAUAAAAUGUAAUCAUUGUUUUAAAUAA